UCCGGUGAAUCAUCAAGUCGUUUCCUACGAGUGACCGACCUCACGUCCUCAGCGAACAUCGGUGCUGCCGUCAAACUAGGAGUCCUGUCCUCUGCCGGGAUCUUUUGGUGUUUCUUAGAGCCUUAAUCAUGGUGUUCGAGAGGAAGAUGCUCACAUAUGGUGACCCCGACGACGAGGAGGAAGAACCUCCGGCUGAAGAGGAAGAGGAAGCAGCAGAGGAGGAGGAAGAGGAGGAAGAAGAAGAGGAAGACAUGGUGGACCCUCUAGAAACAAUACGAACCAAGUGUGAGCAGACUGAACACUGUGUGCACACAAGGGAGCGUCUGGAGCUCUGUGAGGCUAGAGUUGGCUCCAGGUCCAACACUGACGAGGAGUGCACAGAAGAACUCUUUGACUUUUUACAUGCAAGGGACCAUUGCGUAGCACACAAGCUUUUCCACAACGUGAAAUGACCAGCUUUCCCAGUGCCCACUACUUGAAGCUGUAGACUCUAGAAACAGCUUAAAUUGUAAAUUGAUCAUGGCGGUUCUGUUGUUGUUCUCUUGUGUAUUGAUGUAAAUUAUUUCCUUAGUUUCCUGGACUAAAUACUGUACACGUCAUCCUUUCUGUAUGCAGUGCAUGCUUAUUUAGUCAGGGUCAGAGAUAGAACAUGAAAUAUGAAUAGCUGCUCGUAUAGGCAAUGGGUGCAUCCAAGUUGAAAGAGGUUGACUGAGGAAAGGGCUCCUGCUAACAACCCCUCACUGUGUCUGUUCAAAUGCAAAUACAAGUAUGCUGCUGUGGUAAUAGAAUCUCUCUCAGGUUUAGUCAUGGAUUCACAAUACUCACCAGAAAAAUAAAGCUUUUCUUUGGUUUACAA